ACAGACAUCUUCGGCCAGCUGCGUUCCAACAAACACAUUUACUUUCCGCUCCAUUAUGGCCAGUCAAACAUGCAAAAUUGCAAUCGUAAGUGCGCUGAACCCUCCAUCCUGAACUUAAUCGUCCUACGAAGCUUCUUGCAGAUCGGCAUAGGCGCCCAGAUCUCUUCCGGAAGUUUCUCAGAGCAAGAUCUCGACUACCGCACAUUCUGGGACUUUCUCCUCGCCGGCGGAGAAUCGUACCAGCCCAUAACACCGGAUCUUUUUGAGUACAGCGGCUUCCCCGUCCUCGACAAGAUCCAGUUCCCCGCCGCCGGCGCGUUUCUGAAGAACCCCUCCGGCCUGGACACCCUCGAGUUCGGCAUCAGCGCGAGAGAUGCACGCGCCAUGCCGUUCACCGCGCGUCGCCUGAUGGAGAUGUCCUUCGAGGCGCUCGCGGAUUCCGGGAUUGACUAUCGCAGACGGAGAGUCGGGUGUUACAUGAGCGGGGUGUCGGAUUUCGAGGUCCAGGGUCCACCCGACUGGGACGGCAGCUUCGCCUCGGUGCCAAGCGCGCUGCCGAAUCGAAUCUCCUACGCUUUCGAUCUGACGGGCCCUUCGCUGGAGGUCGACACGGCCUGCAGCUCGUCACUGACUGCGCUGCAUCUCGCCGCACAGGCGAUCGCGGGUGGGGAUUGCGAGGCUGCACUGGUUGGAGCUGCCCAGAUCAACCGAGGACCGACUGAAUGGGAGAACUACGUCCGAGGGGGUGUGCUCAGCCGUGAUGGGACUACCAAACCAUUCGAUGCUGCCGCAGAUGGCUUUGGCCGUGGAGAAGGUGCAAUUGUUGUCGUUUUGAAAUCAUUGGAAGACGCCCUGCGUGACCACGACCACAUUUACUCCGUGGUGACCGGUAGCGCCAUCAACUCGACCGGCUCACACAUGCCUUUGAACGUCCCCAGCGGAAUCGCCCAGCAACAGUGCAUCGAGGAAGCGUACCAACGCGCUGGAAGGAGUGUCCUGGAUGCCGACUAUGCCGAACUGCAUAUCACGGGCACGUCAGCCGGAGACCCCAUCGAAGCGAACACAGCGGGCGAGAUUUUCGCGCAGAAAGACCAGCUGGUGGUGGGAAGUGCGAAGGGAAAUGUGGGGCACCUAGAAUCUGCCGCGUUUCUUGUCUCACUGCUCAAGUCGUCGUUGAUCCUCGAGCACAAGCUCAUUCCGCCCACGGUCAACUUCCGUACCCCAUCAUCCGCGAUAUCAUGGGAUCGCUUCUCCAUCCACGUCCCGGUUGUGCCGACACCUUUACAAUCCAAGGACGGUUCCGGACACUCCGUCAUCUCGAUCUCUUCCGCCGGCAUCGGUGGAUCGACGGGUCAUGUCAUCCUAGAAUCUCCACCACCCCGAACCGACCUCUGUACUGCAACUCUCUGUAAUGAGGGUAACACAAGCUCCGUCACGUUCAUCGUAGGGGGGCUUUCGCCCCGCGCAGCGACCCUAAUCUCGCAAACUUUGGUCUCCUCCCUCGCAGAUGCCGAUCUCUCAUCUCUCAGGCGCUCUGCUGUUACCCUGGCCCGCAGAGCUCGGCAGAUGCCGUGGCGCCUCAGUUUCACCCUGCCGAAAGCGACCCUUCCUCAGCCGACACUGGUCCCCGCCGCGAGUCCUCCGAUCGUGUUUAUCUUCAGCGGCCAAGGCCCACAGCACAUCGAAAUGGCCCGCUCGCUCUUCGCCGAGUUCCCCCUCUUCAGAAAGACUGUGCUCCAGCUGGACGACGUCUUCACGCGCGAAAUGGGCUACUCGCUCAUCGAGUCGACCGGUCUUUUCGCAGACAUUCAGAUACCAGGCUCAGCCCGGACAAAGCUUUCUCCCGACGCGUGGCCCGUGACGAUCACCGUUGCAUCGAUUGCCAUGCUGCAGAUCGCGUUAUUCGACUUGCUCAGCUCGGUGGGUGUUCGCCCUGCCUACAUAGCCGGCCAUUCGGCAGGCGAGACCGCAGCGCUGUACGCAUCUGGGGCGGGCCCGAAGGAGAUGGCCUUCGAAAUCGCGCUGGCCCGAGGGCUUGCCAUGUCUGUGACUGAGAGCCAGGAUCGGGGUAUGGCAUCCCUGGCAUGCACGAAGGACGCCGCCGCGAGGAUCAUCGGCAGUAUCUCGCCCGGUCUGGAGAUAUCCUGCCUCAAUUCCACCACGGGCGUGGCCAUUUCUGGGCUCAGCGCGGACCUCGACGAGGCAGUGCGUGUCGCCCAGGGAGAGAGUGUGUUCGCGCAGCGGAUACGCACAAUGGUCCCCGGCCACUCGUCCUUCAUGGAUCCCAUCAAAGCAGAUUACCUCGCGCGUAUGGACUCGAUCUUCGAACGCUACCCAGGGUCACACGUGCCGCGCAUCCCGGUGUACUCCACCUGCACCGGCGAGCGGAUCGUUAGAGAGUUCACCGCCGAGUAUUUCUGGAACAACUGCAGGAAUCCAGUCCUGUUUGACUCUGCGAUCGGCAACAUCCUGCGGGACGUUCCAGCGCCGGUGUUUGUCGAGAUGUCGUGCCACCCUGUACUCUCGUCAUCAAUCCUCACACACGGGAUUCCAGACAAUACCAUCGUCUGUCCCAUGCGUCGGGCAUCCAAGUCCAAGCCCGGACCCAACGAGCAUCUCGUCUUCACCGGGACACUAGCGAGUCUCGCGCUCAUGGGGCUCAAUUCGAUCGACUUGAGCGCGCUGUAUGGCGAGUCUGACUAUAAACCCGCGUUCGCCAAACAUCCGCUAGUGAAUCGUCCGAUCCUGCCGCUCAAAGUUCUUCCGUUUUACGAUUUAGGGGCCCGAGGUGCUGGGCCCGGGGAAGGACAUCUUUUGGAUCCAGCCAACAAGAGCAUCAUCAAUGAGAAGACGCAUCCGCUCCUUGCACAGCAUGUUGUUUCAGGGCAACCGAUUCUUCCGGCCACAGCCUACUUGGAACUGAUUCUCGAAGCAGGGGCCAACGUCCUUUGGGACAUCGAGUUCACGUCCAUGUACUCGCUUUCGGAAACCAGCGCCCCGCUGUCUCUGGAUAGAUCUGAUUCGAAAUGGGUCCUGCGUUCCACGAGAGACCAUGCUCGUGGGAUGAUGGACGAAUCCAUUCGCUCCGCUCCACCUGAUGAGCUUGACGUAGACGAAAUCUGGUCCCGACUUCCCGCGAUCGACAUUGAUGGGUUCUACGAAUCAAUUGCCGCGAACGUUCAAUUUGGACCAGCCUACCGGCGUGUAACGCGGUUCCACGGCUCGCCCUCGGAGGUUAUCGCGGAAAUCAGGGUGCCAACGACCGAGAAUGUCGAUGUGCAGGGCUGGUCCAACCAGUAUCGACUCCACCCGAUCCUUCUCGACGCGUGCAUCCACAUCCUCCUCCACCCUGCCAUCUCGAAAGAAUUCCCUGACCACGGAGGAGACAUGUAUCUCCCUGCGAAACUCCGUCGAUUCGUACUUUAUCCGGGCGUACAAUCGGAGACAGGUUCUUGGACUUCCCACAUAAGGAGGUGUUCAUGGGCCCCGGAUUGGAAAUCAUAUGAUAUCGUUAUCUUGGAUCAGACCGGACACGUGAUUUGUCAAUUCGAUGAACUGGUCGUGCAGCGAUUGGCGACGACACGGCCCGGCGAGGAACUGAAGCGAUUUGAUCUGGUCAGGCAGCCAUGCUCUCUGGUCGUCAAUGAUAACAAUGAGUCGGUCUUGUACCAUGAUCUGCCGCCGGACGACGAGGGGAUGAUGGUGUAUGGCCUUCUGGAUGACCUGGCGGUGGGACUGAUGAAGAGGUCGUUGUCGAAUGGAUCUUUGGUCAUUGGCCAGGAUAUCUCGCGCAAACGGUACCUGGACUACGCUCGCGAGUACGCACAGCGCCAAGUGGGCACCUGCGUGCUCCAGAAAACUUUGUCUGAACGCACAAGAGAGCGAUUUGCGCCGUACUUUGAGGUGACAUUUCGGCUGGCUGAUGUGCAUGAGACGGUGUUCGAGUCCCCCCAACGCGCCAUCGACGAAUUGUACUCGGAUGAUCUGAUGGCCCGGCUUUACAGUCGUGAAACCCAAAGCAGCAGGGUCUACGACGUUCUGCCAGGUUCCUUGGCUGCCAUUCUGAGCACAAUCGAGCAGCAAGGUAGGCGGUCGAUCAAGAUAUUAGAAGUUGGUGCAGGCACAGGAUUGCUUACACGAUUCGUCGUUGAGGCAUUGAAGCAGUUUCCGCACCUAUUGUGUGAAUAUACUGUUUCAGAUGCGUCCUUCGGCCUCGCUUCCGAACUGGCCCAAAAGCUCGACCACCCGAACCUCGUGCCUCGGGCGUACGAUCUCACCCUCCCGCCCACAUCCCAAGGACUCACCACCGAGUCUUUCGACAUCGUCCUCGCGCUGCACGUUCUUCACGCGGUACCACACACUAAAACGUGUCUGUCAGCACUCGAAACCCUGCUCAUCCCCGGCGGAUACCUCCUCGCAGUCGAGAUCGACGGCCGGGCCUGGGGCUCGGAAACGAAGCCCGGCUGCGCGUGGUUCGACUGCGUGUUUGGGUCGUUCCCUGAGUGGCUGAGUUAUGAUGACGGGCGCAGUCACUGUGCGAUGUCGCCAGACGAUUGGAUGACGCAGCUGGGUGAAGUCGGGUUCGUCAAUCGCCAGGUGAUGGCUGAGACCGAUGGACGGGGGUGCAGCUUCAUGUUCACCGCGCAGCGCAGCCGGAUCUGGGGCCCGACGCCUGCUGAGCAUCUUGUACAGCCGAUGCCGUACUCGAUUGGACGCGAGAUGGAGCUGCAGAGCCGGAUUGCGAAGUCGGCGUCACCAGAGGAACCGUUCGAGCUGUACAUCUCCGCAUCGGACGGGCCGGACGGAGAGGCUGCGCUGGGGCUUUGUAAUGCGCUUGCCCGCGAGUACCCGCUGUGGAGUAUCCGUCUGGUUGUGUUCGCGUCGCCAGAGCAGAUACUCAUCCCGGUGCGGCUGUUCGAUCAGGGCGAGUCAGUCGUAUAUGUCAACGGUGCUGGAGACGCGUCGGUUCUGCGCAUGCUUCCCAUGGGUGCUCCUUCUGCCAGGCUAGAUAUCGGAUAUCUCUCCGAUGACGAGAUUCUCGCCUCACCGAUCGCUGCUGAGCGGAUCGCCUCGGGGUUAAUUCUCGUCGCGGCCUCCGUAAUGGACAGCCAUGACCCGGGCCUGUCAUCCGGGACGAUCGUGCUCGCUUUGGUCGACCAGGUUUCCAAGGAGAACGAGCUGUGUAUUCCAGCGCAGGCGGCAAUCCAGAUUGCCGGUGUUCCUGACCACCUCCCACGCACGCCGAAACAGUACGUCGUCGCUUCAAAACUUUUUGGCUCAGAUGUUCUCCUGCCCGACUGCGACGGGAUUGACCCAAAAACACCAGCUCCCAAGAGACACAUGGGUGGCCUGAUAACGGACUCGGAGACGCUCGCCGCGCAUCCGCACUUGAGGGAGUGGAUCACGCGUUCGGCAAAGCUCAUUGUUUGGGACCAGAUCCUGCGCGAAACUCUGCACGACGAUCCAGCGACUGUCGCUGGAACGCUGCGUUCCGCGUGGGAAGGACUGGGAUGCCGCGAGUUGACGACACCAGCCGCGUCACCGCUUGCCGCGUCGGACACGCAGCCGCUGUUCUCAUCUGACAAGUGGUACAUCCUUCUCGGCGGGAUCGGCGGGCUCGGCGCCGAUCUGGCACUUUGGAUGUAUCAGCACGGCGCGAGACGGAUCGCGCUCACGUCUCGCCGCGGAAUUGCGUCGCUGUCUGGCGACGAGGAAUCCUUGGCGAAGAUCGCGUGGAUGCAAACCCGAGGAAAUUUGGAACUACGGAUGGACGCGUGUGAUGCCACGUCCGAAAGAGCGCUCGCAUCUCUCACCGACAAACUCUCGGAAACGCAUCCGAUCGGAGGAUGUAUCCAGCUCACGCUCGUGCUGUCCGACGCAACCUUCCAGUCACAAACGGCUGCCGGAUUCAAAACAGUACGUGACUCCAAAGUCGGGGUGUUCGAUGCUUUCAGUCACGUGGUGGACGUACAUGCCCUCGACUUUUAUGUGGCGUUUUCAUCGCUCUCGGGCCUAGUCGGGUUACCGGGACAGACAAACUACGGCAGCGCUUGCACAGAGCUGAACGCCAGAUUGGCGCCGUACCGCAAUGCAUUCUCGCUCAUCGUGCCGGGCAUCUUGAACGCGGGGACCGCACGAUUGUUACUCAGGCAUCCAGAACUGUGGGCCUACCUCCAAGACGGGCUAGGAAAACUUCAAGCGGGACAUGUGUUCAAUCAAUACAUCCCUAAUCUCGACUGGCACGCGAUGAGCGUCGGAUACCCGUUGCCCUCGGUCUUUAAGGAUCUCGUUCGAACCAAGCCCACCGUGAUCGUUUCGGAGACUUCAUCCGACGACGACCUUCUCGCCCGUGUGUUGACAAUCCUGGAGGUGGAUAGACCGGAUUUCGAUGAGGAUCGACCUCUGAUAUCAUACGGCUUGGAUUCCCUCACAGCCACCCGAAUAUCAGCGCUGCUGCAGCCAUUUGGCUCAGUAUCGCAACUGCAGUUACUCGGAGGCAUCUCGUGGACUUCCGUGCGCGGCAAAUUGUCUUCCUCAAAAACCACCCCGGAAGACGUCCUGCUCGAGUUCCUCGGUGUUGAUAAGAAAGAUUUCGAUUCUUCGCGCCCACUGAUUUCGUAUAACGUCGGGUUUGACCGCGUCGCACAGCUAGCUACAGUCCUGAAACCUUACAUGACUGUAACCGAGCUGCAGCUGCUAUCGAACAUCUCCUGGGCCCAAUUAACAGCCUCGGGCCCUGCACUCGACAUGGAGCAGACCUUCGUCGAUCUCCUACCAGGCGAAGGAACACCGCUGUUCGUCUUGUUCGGCGCGGCCGGCGUCCUCGGCUCGCUGCUCGCCCUGCGCACCCACCAUCACGCAUCAUCCGGUCCGCUUUACGGCGCGCAGAUCACGUCGGCCACGCCGAUCGAUUCGUUCACCGGGCUCGCGCACUUCCUCGCGGCGGCAAUGCGCGAAAAGCAGCCCCACGGGCCGUACCGGAUCGCCGCGUACUCGCAGUCGUGUCUGCUCGCGAUCGAACUGGUGCGGGUGCUCGAGGGGGGCGGGAAUGUCGUGGAGCAUCUCAUCUUCCUCGACCACUUCCCUGCGAUGUUCACCGUGGACAAGUUCGCGCUACUGGUCGAGGAUCCGGCGGCUGGCGAGCAGCUUUUCUACGAUCACACCGUCAAGACGAUUAUCUCGAUGUUCGACAACGACCCGCUGUACGCUUCGACUGAUCGGGGAGACGUCUGGCGGGCGACGGUCGCGGAGGGCAAGGGUCCAGCAGAUGUGAUGCAGAUGCUUUCGUUGACGUCCCAACUCAACAAACCCGUCCUCGAGUUUCUCAGUAGUCUCGCGCUCGGCGACGACGGCGUGCGCUCCUGGUCUCGAUUCCUGGCCGCUUUCGAGCGGUGGGUUGCCGGCACAGCAGCCCAGUAUACUUUGAUGGUGGCCGAAUAUGGCAUCCGCUCGACGCUCGCUGAGUCAGACACCGAGUUCCGUGCGAAUCUUGGGGUUGGUCGGUGCGCGAAGAACGUCGACGUGCACUUCUUGAACGGAGUGGGGCAUUUCGGAGUCAUGGGGUCCAAGCAUCUGGCGGAUCUGAUCAGUGUGACCCUGGCGAGACCGCUAGUCGUAGCACGAUUUGAUUAGAUGAUAGCUCAAGCCCUCUCUUACUGUGCUCGUCAAAUACACGCAAUUUGCUCAACUACUUUGCAUGCAACCGGUUACGACCGGGAAUCCCAACGAUCGGCACUAAUAAGUAACUGACAUGAGC